AUGGUGAGCACUCGGAGAUUUACGUCCUCCAAUAGUAGACCUCGAGAAGACAGCUGGUUAAAAUCCUUAUUUGUUCGGAAAGUUGAUCCAAGAAAAGAUGCUCACUCUAAUCUCCUAGCCAAAAAGGAAACAAGCAGUCUAUACAAAUUACAGUUUCACAAUGUUAAACCGGAAUGCCUAGAAGCAUACAACAAAAUUUGUCAAGAGGUGUUGCCAAAGAUUCACGAAGAUAAGCAUUACCCUUGUACUUUGGUGGGGACUUGGAACACGUGGUAUGGCGAGCAAGAUCAAGCUGUCCACCUCUGGAGGUACGAAGGAGGCUAUCCAGCCCUCACAGAGGUCAUGAAUAAACUCAGAGAAAAUCAGGCAUUUGUGGAAUUCCGCAAGGCGAGAAGCAACAUGCUUCUCUCUAGGAAGAAUCAGCUGUUGUUGGAGUUCAGUUUCUGGAAUGAGCCUGUCCCACGGUCAGGACCGAAUAUAUAUGAACUCCGAUCUUACCAGCUCCGACCAGGAACUAUGAUUGAAUGGGGCAAUUACUGGGCUCGUGCAAUUCGCUUCAGACAGGACGGUAAUGAAGCAGUCGGAGGAUUUUUCUCUCAGAUUGGGCAGCUAUAUAUGGUGCAUCAUCUUUGGGGCUCCCGCGCACCUUCCCCGACGCCCUCUGCCCCGGAGCCCAGGGACGUGAUGGGCAGGGCUGCCGUGUGCUGUGACUCUCCGGCAGAGGUCAGGCCGGGUACACACUCCACUCAGCUUACAAGGAUCUUCAGACCAGGGAAGACAUACGGAAUGCAGCAUGGCAUAAACACGGCUGGGAAGAAUUGGUGUAUUACACAGUCCCACUUAUUCAGGAAAUGGAAUCAAGAAUCAUGAUCCCACUGAAGACCUCACCCCUCCAAUAAAGCUGCAGACUUUAGAUGUGCCUAAUAAAGUUCUGGGACAAAUACUUGUCAUAAAUUAACUUUAACUGUAUAUCAAGUGAAAAACACUGAAGUGUAAACUGCUGUAUAUAGCUUAUGAGACACCUCUUUUCUUUAAAAUUUACAAAAUCACAAGAAAGGAAAUGAUUAUAGUUUGAUCAUAACAGUGCUCCGUGGUCCUCUUUGAAACAUCUCUGUGUUUGUCAAAUAUACCUUAUACCCCCAGCCCCCCUCCCCGGGAAAAAAGGCCCACAUUAAAAUUUGAAUCCUCUCUAAAUAGGAAUCUAACCAUUUAAAAAAAAAAAAAAAAAGCAAUUUCUUUAUAAAAAGCAAAUCUGUUUUAUAAUUACAGAUUUUUAGGCAAAUUUCUUGUAUCAGGAAAAAAUAUAAAUUUUGCUCUAGCAGUUAUUUCUGAGUCUCAGAGUAGGAACAAAUUCUGAGUGUGCCCAAUACUGGAAAGUGUUUUAAUUCACUCUCAUUUUUAGUCAGUCAGCAGAGUAAAUGACGUGUCAUUACUAAGCUGGUAGUGGCUGCUAAGGUACCUUUAAUCAGUGACUCGGUUGUUCCCUAGUGUAUUGUGACGGCCCCAUGUGAGGGGACUAACACACCUGUGUAUCAUAUGUGAUUCUGAAAUGAACACCUUGAAUAGCACUAAUUUUUAUUUGGAAUAUUUUUCUAUAACAAAAUUAAGAAAAGAGGUUUUAUUUUGUAAACAAUCACCUGUGACCUCAGACAUUCUGUACUUAAUAUUUUAGCAAGCUUACAUCAGAUACUUCCAAGAUUAUGUAUGAGGGGUGGUGCAUGUUGAGAUUUAAAUUGGAAUAAAGCUGCCUACUUUGUCUAGUUCUGUUUGAUUUAGUUUUUUAAUAUAGUGUGCCAGUUUUGUGACUGUAAUCGUGAAAGUCCUGUUGAAAUGAAAAACCAGGUCUAACCCCCAAAUUAAAGAAUUUAUGUGUAAAAUAAAGUGUGAAUAAAUCUCCUAUCAAAUGUCAAACUUUUACAUGUGAGUGGUUUUCUCCAAGAACAUAUAAAAGUCAAUAAAACCCUCUUGAUUUUCACAUA